CGCUCCGCUGUGCCAAUGUUAUGCUGUGUCCCUUGAUGAGGUUGCACGGCAAGGAAGAUUUUUUUGGAAUGUAGUACUUGUCUUGGGCGUUUCAUGCGCGCCACGCCUCCAAUGAGCACGGUGACACACUGUCGUGUACCCAUGAUCCGCAUCCAUCAUGUUUCCGUGGAAGAAAGCGAAAGAAAAGGAGAAAGAUGAUAAAGGGAAGAGAAGAGAGGAGAAAAAGGCCCAGGGCAAGUCAGCUGGGUCUGACACUCGCCGAAGGAACCUCGUAAUUUCUGCUCCGAUUCAGACCCAGUUUGGCAGUAGUUUGACUUCACCGAUAGCGGAAGAACAUGUCGCAGGCGGGAGCAACUCCCAAGCUUCUUCUCACGAACAGGGCGUCACUGCACCUUUCAAUGGUGUCACCAAAAAGCCACCACCCGUUCCACCCAAGAAGUUCGGCGUGGCCAGGACCCUCAGUGCACCCAAGAGCAAGCCUCCCGAGAGGCCGACGCCGCGGUCUGCUACGCUUAUGGUGCAGUCGUCAUCGAGAAGUCCCUCGGGAAAGGUCCAGGAAGAAAAGAAACGAGCCAAGCUGAACCUGGUGCUUCCGAGUGUCAAGACAGACGCGCACUGCCUACCGCCGCGUGUACUCACCGUGGUGCGGCAGCCCACUGGGGAUUUUGGAUUUUCCUUGAGACGUUCUGCCCUGUCUGAUGGCAUACCAGGCAGCGACGUGCGGCCGAAAACCAUCAUGUUUGCAGAGCCGAGCACAGUUGCCAGCUCGGUGUCGACGGGGCUCCUACCCGGCGACCGCCUGCUCGAAGUGAAUGGUGUUAGUGUGGAGGACAUGUCGAGAGAAGGAGUCAUUGACCUGGUGAGGGCGUCUGGGGACAAAGUCGCACUCAAGGUCCAGCCACUGCCAGAACUGUGCGAGAUUGUUUCGAGAGUGGCGCAAGGUUCCUCUGUGACAGGGUUCUCGCGUACGCUGUCUCGUGUGAGCAGCCGCCGUUGCAAGGUGCUUGGGGCAAAAACGGACGAGGAAAUUGCAGCAGAGCGCCAGUGGAUAAAGUCUGUCAAGGUGUGGGUGAUGUUCGAUGGAGGCUAUGCUAGUGCAUCGCUAGUGAAGUCUGAUUCGAAACCACUGGAAGGCAAGGUUAAGGUCAGGUUGGAUGCUUCCGGCGAAAUAGUUGAAGUUGAUGAAGAAGAUGUGGAAAAGGCGAACCCUCCUCAUCUUGACUUUGUUGAAGACCUGUCCCAACUUCGGCAUCUGAACGAAGCCAGUGUACUGCACGUACUGCGCAGCCGUUUUUCCGCCAACCUCACUCACACAUACGCUGGCUCGGACAUGGUCGUCUUCAAUUCGCUGCAACCUCUUGCCAUAUACUCUGAAAAGGUGAUGCGCUUGUUUAAAAGCUGCCGGCCAGAUGAUCUACCGCCGCACAUAUUCGCGGUGGCUCAAUCUGCCUACGCGUCACUCCUUGCCACACGUCGAGAUCAGUCCAUUGUGCUCUUGGGGCGUAGUGGAAGCGGCAAAUCGUGCAAUGCAAAGCAAGUAGUGCAGCACUUGUGCACUACAACUGGAGGUGCUAACAGCACAGCUUUUGCAGAGAAGCUUAGUGCAACAUCGGUACUGCUGGAGUCCUUUGGCAAUUGUCGGACGGCAGCAAACACAAAUGCUUCUCGCUUCACUCAACUCUUUUCCUUUGACUUUGACCACUCUGGCCAGAUGGUCUCCUCAUCUGUGCAGACGUUCAUGCUGGAACGUUCAAGAGUAUCAAGAAGACCUGACGGAGAGCCAAAUUUCCACAUCUUCUACUACAUGCUGGCAGGCAUGAGUGACCCUCUGAGGAAAGAAAUGUGCAUCGAAUCCCUGGAGGAACCAAAUCACUUCCUGACACCACUGAGAAAGCCCGAAGACAAGAGGAAAGCAACGGUCAUGUGGGACCUAAUCCUGGCCUCCCUGCAAACACUGUCAGUAAAAGAGCAGGAAUCAAAGAGCAUCUGGGCUAUUCUAGCGGCUAUAUACCACUUGGGAACAGCUUCAGCGUCGAGAGGUCCCAAUGGCAGGCUCACAUUUGCUCGACCGCAAAGUGCACAGAAGGCGGCAGUUCUGCUCGGAACCUCCGUGGAAGACCUUGCCAAGGCAGUCUUUUCCCAUGACUCCUUGCUGUCCGCAAGCGGCAACAGUCGCCUGGCAUCUCGAAAUGCUCAAAAUGAGAGCCCCACCGAACCCUUGGAGCCAUUGCAAGCAUUCGUCAUGGCACUCUACUCAGAAGCAUUUAGUGCACUCGUGGGCCUCAUUAACCGCGCUUUGGCAACUCCAGGCAGGAACAUUGCCACCAUCCACAUCUUGGAUGCUCCAGGCUUUCAAUUCCCAUUACCCAGCUCAAGUAGCCAUCGCACUGGAGCUACGUUAGAAGACCUCUGCCACAACUACGCUCAAGAGCGGUUGCAGCUCUUAUUCCACGACUCAACAUUCCGGGCGCAACAGGAGCGCUACGACCAGGAAGGUGUUACUCUCGAUGUGGAUGAAUUCCAGACGUCUUUGCCGUCAUCUAUGGUUUCCCUGCUGGAUCAGUGUCCACCUCAGCAAGGUUCACUGCGGGCGUCCACUACAGAUCUGCGCAUUAGUGACCAGUGCGGUCUCCUCUAUGUGUUGGACGAGGAAUCGCUUUAUCCUGGCAACGUAGAUGAAGCAUUCCUUGACAAGGUCUUCCAACUGUGUGACUCGCAGGAACACCAAGAACUAAUUCGACGUGGCCAACUUCCAACUCAGUUCGCCCUCAACCACCUCCACGGCACGCUGCCCAUCACGUACAAUGCGUCGGGCUGGCUCAAAAUAGGCCGUGAACAUGCUGCAUUCCGUCAGGUGGCAUCACUACUUCAAGACACUCAGAAGGAACACAUGAGUCAGAUGUUCGCAUCAGCUCGUGGUCUACUUUCAACGUGCAUGAGCUCAAGUACGCUGAACCUUGAUUGCGGAACGUCAUCGCUGCGGCGCAUACCCAGCAUACGGCGGGCGCAGUCAGCCAUUUCCGCCACAGCAAAGAGGAGGUCGUUACCACUGCAAGUGAAAUAUGCUAUGGAUGCCUUAGUGGACGUUCUGCGGCGUACGAGGUUACACUUCGUGCACUGCUUUGUUCCGAAUCACGGAGCUGGAUUGUGUAACCAUCAUCCUGCCUCUGGUACAUCGCUAGGAGCAGAUAACCAGUUCGACGUACCCCUGGUACGUUCGCAGCUUCACGGAACAAAGAUACUGGAUGCCGUACGGAUACGAAAACAGGGUUUUCCAGAAAAUAUGCUGUACAUAGAAUUCAAGAGGCGGUACGAGGUGCUCGCACCUGCAGAGAGCCGUGGUGCCAUUCAGGAGAUUGUGGACGGGAAAGCAUCAGUUGAGGCUCUCUUACAGCAUCUGGAUAUCGAUGCUACCACCUACAGACUAGGUCUAAGCCAGAUCUUCUUGAGGUCAGGCACCCUUUCCACUUUAGAAUCACAGAGGGACGAGAAACUUGCCAGCGUUGUAAUACGCUUUCAAGCGCAUGUGCGGGGCUACUUAGGACGACGUCGCUACCAAAAGCUCAAGGUCCAGGUAUUGGCCAUCAGAUGUAUCCAAAGAAAUGUCAAGAAGUUUCUCGAGGUCCGCAAUUGGACCUGGUGGCGUCUGUUCACCAAGUUGGCUCCGUUGCUCAACGUACAUCGAACGGAAGAGGAGCUCAGGAUGAAAAUGGAAGAAACGGAAGUGCUCAAGGUGAAGCUGGAGAAACUAGAAAAAGAGCGAGCCGAGCUCAAGCUGAACCACGACAACUUGGAAGCAAAAGUGAGCGAGCUAUGGUCGGACCUCAGCCAGGAGCAGGCGGCCUCGGUCCAGGCGGCGGAGAUGCUGGAUGCUGAGAGUGCCGAAAGGAUGAGGCUGGAGAAGGAAGUGCGUGAACUUCAGAGCCGUUGCUCCCAACUGCAGCAGCAGAAAGACCGCAUUGAGAUGGAAGUUUCAGAGACUCGAAUGAUGCGGUCUUUCAGUACAGAAGCAAAUGGAGACAUCUCGGAUGACGAUGAUAUCAACGGUGUAUCCAUCUACAAACAGAAGUAUGAGCGUGUCCUGCGGGAGACGGAGAUGAAGAAGCGCAAGAUGAGCCAGCAGCACGAGGACGAAGUCGAGCAGCUCAUGAUGUCCCGGAAGGCUGCAGAGAAGAAGCUGGCAGAGGCGCUCGAUGACGUCGAAGAGGGACGUCAGGCAGUCAGCAGUUGGAAGCGCAAGGCCCAGAAGCUGACGGCAGAGCUGCAGGACCUCCAGCUCAUGGUGGAGGAGCAUAUGGGACGUAAUGCUGAACUGGAACGUAAACAACGCAAGUUUGAUGGUGAGCUUAGCUCGGCUGUGGAUAAUCUGAAACAGGAGCGGUACAGCAAGGAGAAGAUCCUGAGGGAGAAGGAGGCACUGUAUGCAGAGAAGUUAGCCUUAGAGCAGGAACUGCAGGCUGUCCGCAUGGAACUGGAAAUGCAACACAGCAAGGUGUCCAGCCUGCACAAGGAAUUGGACGAACUCACGUUCAGUAGCCAUGGUGAAGAAGAGGUAGCAAAGUUGAAGCGAGCCAAACAGGAGCUAGAUCGCAAGGCUCGAGACCAGGAAGAGGAGUUGGAGGACCUUGCCGGCCAGGUUCAACUUCUUGAACAGUCCAAACUGCGUCUCGAAAUGGCCCUGGAGAAGCAGAGGCAGGAGCACAGAAGAGAAGUUUCCACCAAGGAGGAAGAGCUCGAUGAAGCACGUGCGGCUGCAGCGAAAAAGCUUCGCAACCUGGAAGCCCUCCUUGAGCAGGAGCAGGAAGACCGGCAUGCCCUCGGUCGGCAGAAGAACGAACUGGAGCGUCGUCUGGCUGAGCUGAGCGAGCGGCCACCUCCACGCGAUCCUGAGAUUGAGCGCAGACUGCGACGUGACCUCCGAAGGACACGUGCACUCCUGCGGGAUGCGCAGGGAAUGCUGGAACAUGCGCGUGAUGGGCAGGCCACAAAGACCAUCGUCAGACAGCUCAAGAACCAGCUGGAAGACGCAGAAUUUGCCAAGACAGUAGCUGUCAAGGCACGGCAAGGGGCAGAAAUGGAACUCCAGGAAGUUCAGACACAACUUGAAGAAGUACUACGGGUUAAAAACGAGUCAGAAGGACGGUGCCUGCAGCUGAACCGUGAAAAGGGUGCACUCCAGAUACAACUUGAAGAAAUCGAGGAAGAGCAGGCUGAGCUGAUGAAAAAGUACAAAGCUGCCGUGCAACAGAUGGCAACUGACCAAAAAGUCAUCAGUGAACAGUCUGAACAAAUCGUAGAUCUGGAGUCCGAAAGGCAUCACCUCAGGGAACAGGUCCAUGAUCUUAGCUCCAAAGUUGAGCACAUGAGCUCGCAGGCCGAAGAAUCGCACGUGAUUCGUCGCCUCGAGUCACGAGUCAGGGACUUGGAGUCAAAGUUGGAGCUGGAACAGACGUCUAAAUCUCGACUGGAGGGCCAGGUGCAAAGGCUGAAGGACCAGUGCAACAGGCUACAAGACGAGUGCAGCCAAGCAAUAACCAAAGAACAACAAACACAGGAAAACUGCCGCAAGCUGCAAAGGCAACUCAGGGACCUCCGGGAGGAUUGCACAGCACUUCAGCACAAAGAAGCUGAAGCACAGCAGCGUUGUCAUGAGCUGGAAAUGGCUUUGGACAAUGCGGAGACUGACUUACAGGGAACAAGGAAUGACCUGAAACUGGCUUGCCAGAGGAUUCAGGACCUUCAAACUGCCCUAGAGGAAGACCUAGAUUCAGGCACGGAUAUCUUAGAGGAAAGUGAGUCUGACGAGGAUGACGACGACGUUGACGUGGAUAGUAUCCUCAAAAAGCACGGUCUCAGCGCCAUAGGUGCCAAAACACCAGGAUACUCUCUCGGCGGGGACGAUUCCCCGAUCAACAGCCGACGCAACAGCAACUCUGCUGCGUUUUCUCUCAGUAGAUCCAAUGAGAGCCCUGUCUCUGGACUAUCCUCUGUGAGCCCCGACUCCUCAGAAACAGUUGAGUGCCCGAACGAUGGCCGCCGGACCUACACAGAUGAACAGCUCGUCAACGUCUGAGGUCAGCCCGUUCAGUCCAUUGCGGUACACCACAUUGGUGUGUUCCAACAGUCCAUUUAUUUUACGUACACGACUCGGACGUGCAUUCCUCGUUGCGACGCCUUCUUUAAUCCGUGCCGCCGAUUUGUCGCCAAGCCACAGCCGUUUAGAAUGGUGAACCGUUCUUUUCAGUGUUGCACCCUUGGGUAAGGCUGAAAAUGCCAUUUUUGUGACCUAAAUAGAUUUCAAAUCGGUUACGUAUGAAGAGUGCCAGACAGUGGCUUUUACCUUUCAGUUCACCUUUGGUGUAUUCACCAACUGCUGUCAGCACCCUGUGAUAUCUACACACCUUGUACGAGGCAAACCAAGUGCUCUCUUUACUUAAGCUGUACUUAAGCUGUAGCUGUUUGGUCUGAGAACAGCGUCAUAGUAGACGUAUGGCUUAACCUGCAAGCUUUGAGAAAUGCCUUGCCUUGUAAAUCGUUUUUUAAAAGUCUUUUUAUGCGCUUGAAUCAACUUAAUAUAUUGCUAUGGGCAUCAUGAAAUCUUACGGUUAUUAUAAUGCAUUUUUGAGGGUGGAAUACGUCUUGAAAUCGGAGGUGCUGCACUAAUUUUGUCUAAUAUAUCCGUACAUGAUGCAAAGAGUUGCUGGUGACAAUGUUGAUCUUGAGACACUGAAAGGGCCAUGGUGAGGUAGUCGCCCUUGUAGAAAUGUGGGUGCUCGAUUGUAUAAAGCGUGAACAUUCGACAAAAGUUACUGGAACCUUGCCUAUACACCUUACCAACCACCUGGUAGAAGCUUAUCUGUGAACUGUGCUAUGAGUCAGAGAACAUUGCACAUUUCAUUCAUCGAGAAGAUUCGUGUCUAUUUAUAACCGUGUUCCUAGGUCAGCAUUGCAUCAUAUUAAUGGUGCCUCGAUGGUACAUACUCUGCUGUGCCUAGCAUGGAGACAAUGCAUUGACCAUGAUAUGCAUAUGACAAUGCAAUGGCCAUGCAUCACAUUGUUCUCGUGUUACUCAGGCCGAAGUCUUCCUCUAUGUGCUGCCGUCACUGAACAGAGAGGCAAGUGUGAGGAAUGGAAGUUAGUGUUCAAAUCUUUGUACUAUAUGCUGGCAUUAUGUGUUACGAGAUAACUCUAAUGCUGCCCUGUCUCUUCUCUUGUACACCUUCCAAAGUGCUUUGCUUGGUCUGUUUCGUACUUCUUGUUCUAAGCCUGAAUUUCAAAUCGUCUUGACAACGAGAUUGAGGAUCACUCAGUGGGUUGUGCCCAACAUGUCCAAGUGUUUUUAAGUUAUGUCUUGCUGUCGGUUUACUUUCAGUUAUGAGAUUAGAACAACGUGGCACAGCUGGCUUAUGCUUUUAGAGUAGUUGAGAUUGUAUGCUGGCUUGUGGCAUUCUUAUCGAAAUUGUUUGCGAUCCCACAGUUGUGAUGUGGAAGGUAACACAAAACAAGAAUGCAGCAACACUAGAGAAAAAUAUGAAUAUAUAGAUGUAAAGGUGUGUGUAAUUAUGUAAUUAUGUUUAGUAAAUAAACAUUUUUCCCUCUUAA